GCGUACAUGACACUGUCGCUAUUCUGACUGCACGGCGGCAGCGCAAUACAGUUGCUGCUUUCUGCAUGAGUUGAAUUAUUUCGCUUUUAAUUGUCUCAUUCUUUCUUCUAUUCUCCCCCUCCCGUAGGUGAGCUAGUACACUGAACAUCACAGACCGCCCGGAGAUCUGCUAUCAUCCCGUCCACUGCAUGAGAGGCAAAAUAAACUACUGUCCUGUCCGGAUCCGCUUGAGAAGCAGCGGGACCUCUGCGCUGUGAAGUGUCGCUCCUGAGCCGUGCAGCAGUGCGCGGAGCCGAGACGCGCUAGACGCACUGAAAGGGCAGGAGGGGGAGAGGAGGGGAAGGUGGAAGAUAUUUUACGCGCAGCAACAGCAAUCAGUAGCCCAGUCUGACACGCGACUGCUAACUGGGAGUCGCCGAUCCGUUUAGGACUCAAUACCAUCGCUUCGCCCUCUCGCUCGGAUUUGCACUUGGCUGGCUGGGAUGGAUUCCUUCAUCAUAGCGGCUUUGGCACUGUGCUCGCUAACGGCACCGGCUUAUGGGGACAAAGGGACCAGCAAAGCCCGGAGUUGUUCGGAUAUGAGACAGUUUUACAACGCGAAAGGAUUCCCCCUGGACACUGUCCCGCAGUCUGAAAUUUCAGGGGAGCACCUGCGCAUCUGUCCCCAGGGCUACACCUGUUGCACCAGCGGCAUGGAGGACAACCUGGCCAGCCUGAGUCGCAGGGAGAUGGAGGGACUGCUCAAAGACGCUGGACGAGCCUUACAAGUCUCACUGACUGGACAGUACAAGGCCUUUGAUGGUUAUUUCCUGGAUCUGCUGAACCGCUCAGAGGUGGCUCUACAGGAGACCUUCACUCAAGCUUGGGGCCCUCUUUACUCCCAGAAUGCCCAGGUCUUCUCUGACCUGUACACAGAACUGAGGCGCUACUGCCGAAGCGCCAACGUCAACCUGGAAGAGGUGCUCAAUGACUUCUGGACCAGACUGUUGGAGAAGCUUUUCAACCAGGCGAACAGGCAGUACCUCAUAGGUGAAGACUACUUGGAGUGUGUCUCUAAGCAGAUGGAAACACUGCGGCCAUUUGGAGACACACCCCGUGACCUCACGCCGAAGAUCACACGCACAUUUGUGGCAGCCCGCACUUUUAUCCAGGGACUGGUGGCCAGCGGAGAAGUGGUGCGAAAAGUGUCCCAAGUGCAGCUGAGCCACGAGUGCAUGCGAGCCAUGAUGAGGAUGACUUACUGUCCUCACUGCCGUAGCAUGGCCUCUGCCAGACCUUGUGCCAACUACUGCAGCAAUGUGAUGAAGGGCUGUCUCGCCAACCAGGCUGACCUCAACACUGAGUGGAGGAAUCUGGCAGAUACUUUGAUGCAGGUGGCUAAUCGCUUUGACGGCCCAUCUGGUGUAGAUGUUGUGAUCCUCUCCCUCCCCAAUGGCAUAUCAGAGGCCAUGUCUACUAUGAUGGAGAAUAUAGAUACUGUCAACAGCAAGUUGUUUCAGGCAUGUGGGAACCCCAGAGAGGGAGGAACCAGCACCACAGGAUUGGAAGACAUAGUGAAUAAAGGGAAGAUUAUAGUGGAGGACAGGGUGGGACCCAGCACUGGCAAACUUGAAAAACUGGUGUCUGAUGUGACCAAGAGGUUGAGGGACAUGCAGCCAUACUGGGUUUCUCUUCCAAGUAUCCUCUGUGCCGACAGAGUGGCCACCGGAGCGGGCGCUGAGGAUAAAUGUUGGAAUGGCAUGAACCGUGCUAGAUAUCUUCCUGAGGUGAUGGGUGACGGCCUUGCCAGUCAGAUCAACAAUCCUGAGGUGGAGAUUGACAUCACCAAGCCAGACAUGAUGAUACGCCAGCAGAUAAUGCAGCUGAAGGUCAUGACCCACCGCCUCAAGCAGGCCCUCAAUGGCAAAGAUGUAGACUUCCAGGACACCAGUGAUGAUGUCAGUGGUUCAGGAAGUGGCAUGUGCGCCGAUGAUGUCUGUCGAGGUCCACGCAUGUCUGUCCCCAGCACAGACCGACCCAAACUCUAUGCCUACCCUCCAGAGAACAAGAAGGUGGUGAAAGGCUCAGCCAGUCAGAACCUCCCCUGCAUCACCAUUUACCUGCUUUCACUGGUCACUUUGCUGCUCCGGCGAUAAUUGCCAGGGGAAUCCACCAAUCGGGACUGAGUUUGGGACUUGGUGGGCGGGGAAAGGCUGAAAGGGUGGGAGAAGAAGUUGGGGGUUAGUUACUUUGCCAAAACUAAAUAAAUAUAAGGAAACAACAACAAAAAAAAUACUUGGAUGGACCUCCUUUUGGUCUCGGAUUCGAACAAAAUGGAAUGAUGAGUAUUCAUAGAUGUUUUGGUUCUGCUCUUGUCUUUUAUUUUGUGCUAUAUUAUGACAUCAUUAGAGCUGGUCUUUUCGCAUCUUCUAAUAUUUUGUUUCUGGUGUUUGGGUUCUCUGAGAUUAUAUCUGUACCGAAGACAUGUGUAAGACCAUAGAGUUAACAGUAUGUUGGUGUUGACACCAUGGGGAGAGGGAAGGAAGAGUUGUGCUUUGCAUAAGCGCUGAGCCGGGUAUUUGUUAUUCCACUCUAAAACAACAUUUGUGUUCUGUAGGCUUAUUUAUUUAUUAAUAACUGAGGACAACAGACCCCAGAGUGGUUUCACCGCUCCCUAAUAUUUAUAGAAAAAGUACACCAACCGCAAGCUCAAAUGAAAUAAAGUAUUGAUGAGUUUUAAAGGAGGAUAAUCUGGACAGCAUGGCCCUGAGUAAGACCCUCCAAACCUCUUAACGCACUAAGCCCACGGCAUCAUUACACUCACACACAAACUCUCUCAGAGAGGAUGAGAGCGCUCUGCGUCAGCACUUUCUGCCGUUUCAUCAUGUAAGCUGUAAUAAUAGCCGCGAUCACAUUCACACAGACAUGAUCCUCUACUGUGAGAGUAAUGUGACCCUUCCACCACACGAUCCAUCCACUCAUCCCUACAUUCCCCCCGCCCUCCCCUGCUGGAGCUGAUCUCUCCCUCUCUCUCCAGGCCCUGCUGGCUGUGUAGGAGCAUGUGGGGAGUUUUGGUGUAAGCAAAACACAUGCUAGGCCAGGCCAGGUCUCAGAUGACAGCACCUUCCCACUAUAGAGCACUGUAUGGGGAACGGGGUGUCAGUUUAAGAUUGCCCUCACAGCAAAGGAUUUUGACAGUUUAUGACAUUGGAAACGCGCUAGCAGCAAAUAGAAAAGAAAUGUAUGUCCCAUACCACAAACGCAGAAUGCUGUCAUUUAGAGCUUUUUCACCUAUUCAUUCUAUGUGUGCAACCGAGCAAAUAUGUAACAUGCAUCACUGAUAUGCUCUCUGCAAAGUUCCAGUGUCUCUAAGAUUUGCUUCAUAAUUGCCAACAACAAUGGUUUGUAUUUU